AUGACGGUCUCGAGACCGUUUUUGAGGUCGAUUUCGACUACCACACCUAAAGCGAUCAUCACAAACGCCAGUGCGACCUCCUCCUCAUCAUCCCCCAAUUCCACCACUCCUUCCUCCUCGCCAUCCACUUCCUCCCGCUCUCUGGCUACUGUCGCCGAUCCACCUGUACGGAGAUACGGAGGGCUCAAAGAUCAGGACCGAAUCUUCACAAACCUGUUCUCCCGACACGACCACGGCAUCAAAGGUGCCAAAGCUCGUGGUGAUUGGCACAAGACGAAAGAGAUCUUGUUAAAGGGAGAUUCUUGGAUCAUCCAGACGAUUAAAGAUUCAGGACUGAGAGGACGUGGAGGUGCAGGAUUUCCUAGUGGUCUCAAGUGGAGUUUCAUGAACAAACCAGGCUGGGAGAAAGAUAAGAGACCACGAUACCUCGUUGUCAAUGCAGAUGAGGGAGAACCUGGAACAUGCAAGGACAGAGAGAUUAUGCGAGGUGAUCCGCACAAAUUGGUAGAAGGAUGUUUGGUCGCUGGACGGGCGAUGAACGCUACUGCGGCCUACAUCUAUAUCCGCGGAGAGUUUUACCAAGAGGCAUCCCACGUCCAACAGGCCAUCGACGAAGCUUACAAAGACGGUCUGAUCGGAAAGAAUGCCUGUGGAUCAGGAUAUGAUUUCGAUGUCUACCUUCAUCGAGGAGCCGGAGCAUACAUCUGUGGAGAAGAGACUGCAUUGAUCGAGUCUCUAGAAGGAAAGCAGGGCAAACCGAGACUGAAGCCCCCUUUCCCUGCCGAUGUCGGUCUGUUCGGAUGUCCUUCGACUGUUGCCAACGUCGAGACUGUCGCUGUCGCCCCUACUAUUGCUCGACGUGGAGGUGCUUGGUUCGCCUCGUUUGGACGAGAGAAGAAUUCGGGAACAAAGCUGUUUUGUGUCUCUGGACACGUCAACAAUCCUUGCGUCGUCGAGGAGGAGAUGAGUAUACCGUUACAAGAGCUCCUGGAAAAGCAUUGUGGAGGCAUCAGGGGAGGAUGGCAGAAUCUCAAGGGAAUCAUUCCCGGUGGUUGCUCGGUCCCGGUCAUUCCGCGAGAGGUUUGUGAAAAGGCAUUGAUGGACUACGACUCCCUCAAAGACUGCCAGACAUCGCUUGGAACUGGCGCUGUCAUCGUUAUGGACCAAACCACCGACAUGGUCUCUGCCAUUGCUCGAUUCUCAAAAUUCUACAAACACGAAUCUUGCGGACAAUGCACCCCUUGCCGUGAAGGAACGACCUGGAUGAUGAACAUGAUGGACCGAUUAGUGGAAGGACGAGCGCAAGAGAGGGAGAUUGACAUGUUGUUGGAGCUCACUAAACAAGUUGAAGGGCACACUAUCUGUGCAUUGGGAGACGCAGCUGCUUGGCCUAUCCAAGGCCUCAUGAGGCACUUCCGACCCGAGGUCGAGGCUAGACUGGCGGCUUAUCAUGCCAAACAUGGACAAGUUUUGUUCGGUGGAAAACUGCUGUCGGAAACGGAUCAGAGAUAUGCCAUCCCUGAUAACCUAGGUGGAGAUGCGUUGAGACAGAUUGCUAGCUCAUAG